AUGAUGGGACGUCACGCACACUGGCGUCGUGUCGGGAUUGGAAUGUAACAGAGUAACAAUCGGAACAACUGAGCAAUAGGUGAUUGGGCUCGCGGAUCCAGGAGCUCAGUUGAUUUUAUUUGCUAAGGAAACAUCCUGUGAAACUCGCUCAAACGCCGCUUCCCAGAGCCGGUGUUCCGACGAAGAGGAAAUCUUCUACUUCUUGCGUGUGUGAAGGUCCACGGAAAGCGCAGGGAUAAGAGAAAUGCAGGGAUUCGUAAGGUUACCGUCGUUCCGGUGAACUGCCCCGUUUAUAUUAUUGUUUCGGAGGUGAGUGGAGUUUCUCUGCGAGCGGUCGGCUUUAGUUUAGUCUGGACGUGUGGUUCGGCAUCGGAGAUAAACCUCGGUCGAUGUAUCAUUAACGACUUUCCAUCUUUCCCAGUGGGACCCGCUGCUCUCCAAAGACAAACUCCAUGAAUCAGUGCAGCCGCAACUCUCCAGCGCGAGUCUGACCGUGCGACGCAUUCAUCCCGCGCGUGUCCUGUCAACAAACGUUGCAUUUACAUUACUCCACCGGGAGAAAACUAAUGUUAAGUCAGUGAUUAAGCAUACCUGAUCGUGUGUUUAUGAUGAUCUUAACAGGUACGGUUACUGUUACGGCUGCCCUGUGAGAUGUUGCGACUAGAAAGACGAGGGAGAGCGGUGAACCCGGUGUAAAAUCGCCCACAUGCGCUGGAUCAAUCGCUUGCUGCUCGGUGAUCGGAAUCUGAAGCGGGAAGACGUGAGCUGUAAAUCCUCGCAGGCUGGAAGAUGGCGGAGCAGUACUAUAGCUGGAGGAGGUGGUGUUGAGAGACAAACUUCCAACCGCUUGAGAUUUAUUUGCAAACAUCGCGAUCUGGCCUUCAGGACACAUGCAGGCCAAAAAACGAUAUCUGAUCUCGCUAUUGACUGGCGCCUUUCUAGUUCUGCUCUUUUACUUUGGAGGAGGGGUCCCGGGUCCAGCGGCCACGGGGUCCCGGAGCCGGCAUGGAUACAGCCGUCCCGAGCAGCCGUGGCCACACUUCUCGGAUCCCUUACAACACUUAAGCCCGUGGGACCAUUCGGACACGGAAGAAUAUAACGUUCACAUAUCGCCCAGGCAGAAGAGAGACGUUAACUCGAGCGUUUACAAGGGCAAAAGGUGCCGCAUGCAAUCAUGCUUCGAUUUCUCUUUAUGUCAGAGGAACGGAUUCAAAGUGUACGUGUACCCGCAGCAGAAGGGCGAGAAGAUCUCGGAAAGUUACCAGAACAUUUUAUCCACCAUCGAGGGCUCUAGGUUUUACACUUCUGACCCUGGUCAAGCGUGCCUGUUCGUCCUGAGCUUGGACACUCUUGACCGAGACCAGUUAUCGCCACAGUACGUGCACAAUCUCAAAACCAAGGUGCAGAGCUUGCCUCUGUGGAACAAUGGUAGAAAUCACCUCAUAUUUAAUUUGUAUUCAGGCACGUGGCCCGACUACACGGAAGAUUUGGGCUUUGACAUCGGUCAGGCCAUGCUGGCCAAAGCGAGCAUCAGCACCGAGAACUUCAGACCCAACUUUGACGUAUCCAUCCCCUUGUUCUCCAAGGAGCACCCAAGGACCGGUGGGGACAGGGGAUACUUGAAAUACAACACCAUUCCACCUUUUAGAAAGUAUAUGUUGGUAUUUAAGGGGAAACGCUAUUUGACCGGCAUCGGCUCGGACACGAGGAAUGCCUUACAUCACGUUCAUAACGCGGAGGAUGUUGUUCUCCUCACCACCUGCAAACACGGCAAAGACUGGCAGAAACACAAGGACGCGCGAUGUGACAAGGACAACGCCGAAUAUGACAAGUAUGACUAUCGUGAAAUGCUGCACAAUUCCACCUUCUGCCUGGUUCCGCGAGGACGACGACUGGGAUCCUUUCGCUUCCUGGAGGCUCUGCAGGCGGCCUGUGUGCCGGUCAUGCUGAGUAACGGUUGGGAACUCCCCUUCUCGGAGGUCAUCGACUGGAACACGGCUGCUGUGAUCGGGGACGAGAGGCUCCUACUGCAGAUCCCAUCCACGGUGCGCUCCAUUCAUCAGGAUAAGAUUCUGGCUCUGCGACAGCAAACACAGUUCUUGUGGGAGGCCUACUUCUCGUCCAUGGAGAAGAUUGUGCUCACCACUCUAGAAAUCAUACAGGACCGAGUGCUUCAGCAGACCUCCAGGAGCAAUCUGAUGUGGAACAGUCAUCCCGGUGGACUUUUUACACUGCCCCAGUACUCAUCCUACCUGGGCGACUUCCCUUUCUUCUACGCCAAACUUGGGAUCAAGCCGAAUCCCAAGUUCACUGCUGUUAUCCAUGCAGUCACACCCCUGGUUUCUCAGUCUCAGCCUAUUCUCAAGCUCCUCGUCUCAGUGGCAAGAUCCCAGUACUGUGCUCAGAUUAUUGUAUUGUGGAAUUGUGACAAGCCUUUACCUGCCAAGCAUCGAUGGCCAGCCACCUCAGUGCCCAUUAUUGUAAUCGAAGGAGAGAACAAGGUCAUGAGCAGUCGGUUUCAGCCCUAUAACAGUAUCAUCAGCGAUGCAGUGUUAAGUCUGGACGAGGACACGGUGUUGUCAACCACUGAGGUGGACUUUGCCUUCACAGUGUGGCAGAGUUUCCCUGAGAGAAUUGUGGGAUAUCCUGCCCGCAGUCAUUUCUGGGACAAUAAUAAGGAGCGCUGGGGUUACACCUCCAAAUGGACCAAUGACUAUUCCAUGGUUCUCACCGGAGCUGCCAUUUACCACAGAUAUUACCACUUCCUGUAUACCAACUUCCUGCCAAAUAGCCUGAAGAGCAUGGUGGACCAGCUGGCAAACUGUGAGGACAUCCUCAUGAACUUCCUUGUGUCCGCUGUCACCAAGCUGCCGCCCAUAAAGGUCACACAGAAAAAACAGUACAAGGAGACCAUGAUGGCUCAGUCAUCUCGAGCCUCGCGCUGGGCGGACCCAGACCACUUUGCCCAACGCCAGACCUGCAUGAACAAGUUCGCCAGCUGGUUUGGCGGCAUGCCACUGGUCCACUCCCAAAUGAGACUGGACCCCGUUCUGUUUAAGGACCAGGUCUCCAUCCUCCGCAAGAAAUACAGGGAGAUCGAGCGGCUCUGACCAGACUGGCGCCCCUUGUCGGACGUUCAACAGGGGGCCGCAAGAGACUCUCCGGAGCAGAGGAGGACCAUAGCAGAAGAGCCCGUGGCUCAGUUUUCCCUUCAGCAGCACACAAGCAAAGGACAAACACAGGCCUCUGUGGACCUUCAAACACACGUGACACACUUUUAACUCUUCUGAAGAUUUAGUUUUGUUGCAAGGUAACGAAUGCCACAGAAAAACUUUCCCAGUACACGAGCGAGUUGUUGGACGACAGGAGGGACGCAUCAUCGUGUUAGCACUUCUUCAUCACACCACAUCUGGAUCCAUCCACCCUCCCGCUUCGGAUGUCAACAUCAUGUUCUCAGUUCUUCCCGAGGUCUCGAGCCAUGAUUGUGUACGAUUGAGCUCAUAUGGUUUUAUUUCCAAGUUUUUGAGGUAUUAGGGGUUUUUUCCUUUUCAAAACACUUCAUAAUCAUUUAGUUUCACUGGAAGGCUAUGAUUUAGACGGUGCAGGUGAAUAGUUCACAGACACAGAAAUAUAACUGUGAGCAAAAAAGGGCCGUAACAUUGCAUUCGAAACGGCGAUCCCUCUUAUUAGUUGCAUAACCACCAUUUAAACACCCUGCAGUAUUUUAUUUCUUAUAUUUAAAAAUGGUGCCAAGACUAAUGAGUUGCCUUAAGUGGCUUGUCAAACCCUCCCUUACCUAAUUAAUUCAUGCAAAUCCACCUUAAAGUGUAUUAAAAAAAAUUAAUUAGAAUUCCCUAAAUCCUCAAGUUAUUAAACAGGCCGACUCAGAGAGAAAAAAAAUGUUUGUCAAAGUCAAUAGAAACAUUAGCAUGGAAACAAAGGCAGAGUUUACAGUGCAGGAACGCCAUCUGUUUAGGUGUGAAAACUUUUGUAGACAUCAGUGUAUGACAGGUUGCAUCGUAAGGACUUAUGGCCGUAAUUUAAGUGAGAUGUCUCUCACCUCCUUUAUCUUCCCUGUGAAAAAUGAGCUGUCCAUCAAAGUUCAAUGCCACUGCCUCAUUUCUCCUCUUCAGCCUGCUAUUUUAAACGCAACUCCUUCGCAUAUAAAACUCACUCAGCCACAAAUGGACACCUGGCUUAUUUCUGUCCACUAGAAAGUGACGAGUGUAUGCUUCCUUUACAUCCUUUCUUGUUGAUUUCAUAUCAAGGGAACGGUUCUCAAGACGUUGGGCCCCUCCAGUGUUGUUUCUCUGUGUUUUCCAGAGUCAGAGUGGAGCGUGUUGUCAGCCUCCACUCACAGGUACUUGAAUGUCUGAUGACUUGAAGGAGUGCCGAGCUUUAGUGGCCUUUUGUGAAGGUGACUGGACUUAAAAUGUGCCAGCUGUGAGCCAAAGCCUUUUUUCCUUUUCAUGUUUUCUUCACAUAAUGCAUCAGAAUUCGGUUGAUGCGGUGACAUGAUGUACACUACAUGUUUUUGGGGUGGGGUUUUUUCCCUCCAUGUGGACAUGGUCUGCCCACGCUGAAAUUUAAAAGCAUAUCUGACACUGAAUGUUGUUUAGGAACCCUUCAAUUGUUGUGCGUUGUAUUUUAAUAAGCAUCAUGACUUUAAAGGCCUCUGAAAUUUGCAGUAAUGUGAUUCAAUUGACAUUAUUCGAACUGAAAAUCUUACAUUUUAGUGUCCAUCUUGACAUUUAAGUUUAGGUGCUGGCUUGAAUCUUGUUAUACAAGUAUGUGAAUUAAUUUCAAGUCCCUGAAAGCUUCUAAUAUGGUUGCCCUCUUAACUGUUGCAUAAAAUGUUCAUUUGUAAUUAGUUGUCUUUGUCAUCCUUUUUCUGUUUUAACACAAAUGGCCCACAUCUGGUUAAGUUUUAAGUUCAGCAAACCAGCUAAUAUAAAAAUGUUAUAUCCAGCGUUUAUACCUAUGAUUGUCAUUGUUAUAAUGUCAUACCACAGAAUCAACGUCUGGCCUCGCACAAUUUCAUCGGCCAAAUUAUAAGACACUUCAAUGUACAUAAUACUUGUUCACACCGCUUGAAUUCUAAUUCUAUGUAGGAUGAUGCAUCUGAGAUGAUUUAAGGCAGUAGAUGUGUGCAUCAAAUGUCUGUUUUGAUUGAUAUGUGCAUACCGUCACGAUGCAAUUGCCAAUUCUGUAAUCAGGGCUUGUGAUGCGCCCAGCAUCAUCCAGAUCUGCCCAAGGCCCUUGUCAGUGUGGAGCAUGUGCGCAGACGACACACUGAUAGCUGUGUGCAUUGACGCCAGUUUUUUUUUUUUACUACCCAGCUUAACGUGACAAAGCCAUUCAUUUGAAAUUGGCCUGUUGAAUGCUGCUGCUACCACUACACACUUGCAAGAUCACCAAAGAAUCUUGGCAAAUUUAAAAUCAUGCAAUUGUAUUAUGUUGUUGUUCUUGUAUGGUUUAUACUUUUUCAUUCCGUCAAGUUCAUCCUGUUUCAAGGUUAACUGGUAAAAUUAGCAUCUGAUUUCUCUUACAUUACUGUCUAUGAUUAGCAAUAAGCAAUAUAGUCAUGCUCGAAAACAUCACUGAUUUCUCCCUGAUUGUGCCUUUUAAUUCAAUUGAGUUUGGACAGAAGCGGCAAAAGCUUUAAAAAAAUAAAAUAAAUAGCUGCAUCAUAUUCCGACACUAAAAUUUCACAGCAUCUGUUAAACACGCAACUGUAUUUCUCAUGUUAGGCUGUUAACCAGAAUUGCAUGACCACUUUAGGCUAUUUAUGAGUAAAUACUGAUUUGUUUUGGGUUAUUUUUAUUCAGAUCUGAUUGUUUUGCUCUCUCCUGUCCUGACCCUUCAUCCCAGUAAUUAACAGAUGACUUUUUAUAGAGGUAAUAAAGAAAUUGCAAAAUGCCAAUUUUGUAUGAAUGAUUUAUAAGAAAAUUAAUAAAGUCAUAUUUGAUGCUAUAA